UUUUUUUUAAUCCGUUCGUAAUGAUCUUCACAUCCCAUUUUUUGACAAGUACACUCAAUUUUUUGUUAUUCCUGAAAUUUUUAUGUGGACUUUUUUCACUAAAAAACAAAAAGAUAUAGUGCAAUUAUAAAAAAAAAAAAGAGAGCAAAAAUCAUUUCCCUUGUAUUUCUGUUAAUCAUAUUUAUACGGAUUUAUUACUAUUUGUGACCUACAUAUCCCAAAAUUUUACAGUACAUUUGUUGAAGGUUACAGCGUAAACUGGUCCAAUCCUUCUGGCAAAAAAAAAAAAAAAAGAGGAAAAAGCGGAAAACCGGUCCCAACUGUUGAAGCUACACGCGCGUGUAAUAAAAAGUUCACAACGCACAGCUUCCCUUGUCCUACAACCUCCAACCAAUUCUGCUCCGUAUAAAGGAAAACCGAAAAUCCUACCGCGAACCCAGAGGGAGACGGAAGGAGAGAUUCAUGAAAUACUGCACGGGAAGGAGAAUAGGAGACUCUCUCUCUCUCUCUCUCCAUAUUUGUGUCUUGCUUGACUGUCGCCCUCCUCCCCCAUCCGCCGUUAGUAGCGUUAAACCGCGUUUUUAGCACCGUGUUUUCCUUUUUCCAUUUUACGUGUUUGCCUUUGCAUUCUUUAAACCCCCGCCCCGUAUAUACGUGUUGACCUUCAUUCCCCCCCUUUCCAUCUCUACCGACAAUCCCUUUCCUUUGGAGUGGUAAUACAAUACUAUCACAACCUACACGUACAUAUCACAGCAUUUGGUUAGAGGGGGUUUCUUGAUAAUUCAUUUGGGUGGAGGCGGGGGUUUCUUGAAAACCUUCCAUUCCAUCACCAUCCAAUGGUUCCCCGCCGCCCAAUCACUUCUUCCAACAUCUCUCCUCUUCUUCUCUUCCUCCUCCUAUGGCCGUCGGCGUGCCUCGCGAUUCGCUCCUUCCCCGAAUCCAGAGCCUCGAUCCUCUCCCGAUUCGCCGAGGCGCCGGAGUACCGCAACGGCGGCGAGUGCCCCGCCUCGUCCGGUGAGGAGCCGGCGUCGUCGUGCGACCGGUCCGUCGUCCACAUCGCGAUGACCCUCGACUCCGAGUACCUCCGCGGGUCCGUGGCGGCGGUCCACUCCGUCCUCCGCCACGCCUCCUGCCCCGAGCACGUGUUCUUCCACUUCGUCGCCGCCGAGUUCGACCCGGUGAGCCCCCGGGUCCUGACCCAGCUCGUCCGGUCCACCUUCCCUUCCCUCAACUUCAAGGUCUACAUCUUCCGCGAGGACACCGUGAUAAACCUCAUCUCCUCCUCGAUCCGGCAGGCCCUGGAGAACCCGCUGAACUACGCCCGGAACUACCUCGGCGACAUACUCGACCCGUGCGUGAACCGGGUCAUCUACCUGGACUCUGAUGUAAUCCUAGUCGACGACGUCAGGAAGCUCUGGACCAUAACCCUGACGGGAAACCGGGUCAUCGGGGCGCCCGAGUACUGCCACGCCAACUUCACCAAGUACUUCACCGACGACUUCUGGUCCGACCCGAUUCUCCCCCGGGUUUUCGGGUCCAAAACCCCGUGCUACUUCAACACAGGGGUGAUGGUGAUGGACUUGGUAAAAUGGCGCGAGGGGAAUUACCGGAGGAAAAUCGAGAACUGGAUGGAGCUGCAGAGGAAGCGGAGGAUAUACGAGCUGGGCUCGCUGCCGCCGUUCCUGGUGGUUUUCGGCGGCGACGUGGAGCCGGUGGAUCACCGGUGGAACCAGCACGGUCUGGGCGGGGACAACGUGAAGGGGAGCUGCCGGUCUCUGCACCCCGGUCCGGUGAGCCUGUUGCAUUGGUCCGGCAAGGGGAAGCCGUGGGUCCGGCUCGACGAGAGGAGACCGUGUCCGUUGGAUCACUUGUGGGAGCCGUACGAUCUCUACAAGCCCAACCGGGACAGACUCCGGCACAAUCCUUCUUCCCAUCACCUGCCGUUGGUUCUGUCCGGUUCAGGCUCCAUUGGAUACUCAAAUUAUUUCGUUUGAUUUGAUUUUUUUUUUGUCGGGCGAUACAUACACAGGGCAGGCCAUUCGGUCAUUCUUUGGUAGCCGUGUACAAAUUGUGUAGGGAAAUUUAUUGUAUUUUUUUUGUUUAUUAUUUUUUGUACUUGUUUUUUUUUUUUUUUUUGAAUUUAUUUUUUGGGUCUAGCUGGUGGUGUUCCUGUGCUGGGAACAGUUUUUCGGGCGAUGGGUGUUUUGUAUGGACGGGCAAGAAUAACAUCAACGUGUGGUUGAUUCGAUUCAUUUCUCUUCUCAUAGAUGGAACCAAUGAUAUACUGUUUUUCUA